AUGGACAGCACCGCUCAACGAGAAGCCGCUCACCUGCCCGAGACCGCUCACCUGGCCGAGAAGCCGCUCACCUGGCCGAGAAGCCGCUCACCUGGCCGAGAAGCCGCUCACCUGGCCGAGAAGCCGCUAACAUGGCCGAGAAGCCGCUCACCUGGCCGAGAAGCCGCUCACCUGGCCGAGAAGCCGCUCACCUGGCCGAGAAGCCGC